CGAGCGUGGUGCUUGCUAGCUGGCCUUUUAAUACUGAUUAAAAUAAACGCUACACCGCCACCUGCGAUUAACGCCCCCGGAAGUUUACCGUUGCUUGGAUCCGUAUUCUGCUAUUCUCGUUUGUCUUCGCGAGGAAGCUAAUUUCCGCCAAAUCAUUCAACAUGGCGAGCUCUAUCAUUGAACCUUUUCCAGUAGAAGGAAUUUUGCCUAAAAAAGAAACAGGCGCUGUUUCAUUUCUUACAAAGUACCCGGAAUAUGACGGUCGCGGUGUUGUAAUUGCUAUACUAGAUACAGGAGUUGACCCUGCUGCUCCAGGCCUGCAGCUUACAACAGAUGGAAAAACUAAAGUAAUUGAUCUUGUUGACUGUACUGGAGCUGGUGAUGUGGACACAUCAACAGUAGUCACAGCUGUUGAUGGUAUUAUUACUGGUUUAACUGGUCGGACUCUCACUAUACCCCAAACAUGGAAAGUACCAGAUGGUAAAUUUCACAUUGGUGUAAAAGUGGCAUAUGAGUUAUAUCCCAAGCCUUUAAAAGAGAGGAUAACAUCUGAGAAAAGGGACAAAGUAUGGAGUCCCCAGCAUAGGGCAGCUCUGUCUGAUGCUUUACGAGAAUUAGAAUCUUUUGAUAAGGCUCACCCCACCUGUACCGCUCCAGAAGAUAAAACACAACGCGAAGAUUUACAGGCCAGGGUAGAUAUCCUAAACUCCUUGGAUAAAAAAUAUCCUGAACUGGGUGCAGUUUACGACUGUGUAGUUUUUCACAAUGGAGAAAAAUGGAGAGCAUGCGUAGACACAUCAGAAAAGGGGGAUCUGCAGUCCUGCAAAUUACUUGCAUGUUACAGAGAAUCACAUGAGUAUGGGCAACUGAGUCAAGCAGAUAUGCUGACCUACUCUGUUAAUAUAUAUGAGAAUGGCAAUGUGCUGGAGAUAGUAACCAAUGCUGGAUCACAUGGCACUCAUGUUGCCUGCAUAGCUGCUGGAAAUUUUCCAGACCAGCCUGAAUUGAAUGGAAUAGCACCAGGGGCUCAAAUCAUUGGUCUUAAAAUUGGUGAUACUAGAUUAGGAUCUAUGGAGACAGGCACUGCUCUUGUCAGAGCUAUGAAGUACAUGAUGGAUCAUAAAGUUGACCUCAUCAACUACAGUUAUGGAGAAGCAGCUCAUGUAUGCAAUACAGGGCGCAUCAUCAAUUUGAUCACAGAGGUAGUUAAUGAAAGAGGUGUCAUUUUUGUGUCCAGUGCUGGUAACAAUGGGCCAGCAAUCUCCACAGUAGGCACGCCAGGAGGAACAACUGCUGCAGUCAUUGCUGUUGGUGCUCAUGUUACUCCCCAGAUGAUGAUGGCUGGAUAUUCCAUGAGAGAGGCUCUACCAGCCAUGCACUAUACUUGGUCUUCCAGGGGCCCAGCCCAUGAUGGUGCUUUAGGUGUAUGCAUCAGUGCCCCGGGAGGGGCAAUAGCAUCAGUGCCAAAUUGGACAUUACGAGGUUGUCAGCUUAUGAAUGGAACCAGUAUGAGCUCACCAAAUGCAUGUGGAUCUAUUGCUCUAAUAUUAUCUGGCUUGAAGGCCGGAAAGGUUCAUUACUCACCAUUCAGUGUUCGCAGGGCAUUAGAGAAUACAGCAGCUAAAGUAGAUGAUGUAGAAAUAUUUGCCUUAGGUCAAGGUCUAGUCCAGGUAGAAGCAGCAUACAAUUACUUACAGAAAUAUCAGAACAGUCCCUCAGAGAAUGUGAAUUUGACUGUGACAUGCUCAGGAAACAACAGGGGGAUAUAUCUGAGGGAGGCAUCACAGCUAGCCAGGCCUACAGAGGUGACAGUCUCUGUGGAGCCAUUCUUUGAAGAAAAAACAGAAAACUCCGCUAAGAUCUCAUUCAGUGUAAAUUUCUGCAUGAUUUGUACCCAGCCCUGGGUACAGUUCCCCAGCAACUUCCUGCUGAUGAAUGCCAACAGGUCAUUCACUGUUAAAGUUGACCCCAGGGGACUUUCUGAAGGUGUUCAUUACGCUGAAAUCCGAGCUUUUGAAUCUGGUAAUGUGGAAAGAGGACCUCUGUUCCGUGUCCCUAUAACAGUUAUAGUCCCCACUCGAUUAACUGAUUUAGUUAACUACACCAUCACCUCAAUGAGCCAAAACUUUAAACCUGGGCAGAUACAUAGAAGGUUUAUACAUGUGCCUUUUGGUGCAUCUUAUGCCACUCUCAAAUUAAACUCAUUGGACAAUGAAAAGAAUGGAAGAUUCUUAAUUCAUACUAUACAAAUAUCACCACAAACUGCAUAUAAAAAAUAUGAAUUUUCAAAGUUCGUCACAAUCAGUGAGAAAGGAGAAGCAGUGUAUGCCUUUUCUGUAAUGGGCGACAGCACAUUAGAAUUAUGUGUUGCCAAAUGGUGGGCCAACCUUGGAGAUGUCACACUUGAUAUAGCUCUUUCUUUUUAUGGGGCACAACUGGCCACUAGUAUACCUGUGAUGCAUGGCGGAGAAGGGGUUGCCAGAUUUGAUAUUAUUUCACCCUUGCGAACUGAAGAUCUCAGUCCUAGUCUUUCAUUGAAGUCUAUUGUGUGUCCUUUGAGGCCAACAGAUUCCAAACUUAAAGUUUUAUCAAAAGAAAGAGAUGAACUUAAAGAUGGUCGCCAGAUUCAUGCAAUGGAGCUAACCUAUUCAUUCCACUUGCCCAAAGCUACUGAGGUAACGCCUGACUGUGCUCUACUCAACGACACCCUGUAUGAAUCAGAGUUUGAGAGUCAAAUGUGGAUUAUCUAUGAUGGCAACAAGCAGUUUAUAGCUGCUGGCGACGCUUACCCUGGACAGUAUGUAACAAAGCUGGAAAAAAAUGACUUCACAAUUCUAAUGCAAGUUCGCCAUGAAAAAAGAGAAUUACUGGAAAAACUGAAAGACAUGGUGCUCCUCAUCAAGAUGAAACCAGCCUCACCCAUAAAUCUUGAUCUUUAUCCUACCUGGCAAGCUGCAGUAACUGGCGGCAAGAAAUUAGGCUCGUUAACUGCCCAGAAAGGAAUGAGAUACCCGAUAUUUGUCUCACAUUUACCAGAGGAUAAGCUGCCUAAAGUCAGUGGUCCUGGAUGGUAUUUGACUGGCCAUCUCUCACUAGCUAAAGAUGAGCCUGGAAAAACAAAGAUGGGACAAAACUCAUCAUCCGAGAAUGGUUUGAGUGAUGAAUAUGUGAAUGAACCUUCGAGAAAGGCGAGUCAUCCACAGAGUGGCUCAAGAUUUAAGUACUUCCUAUCUGAGUCCUCUUCUAAAGCAAAGGGCAACCCCAAGAAAAAAGAGAAAGAGGCCACAAAAGACGCAGCAGGCAAAGAUAAAUUCUCCCAGGAGUCUGUGUCUGAUGCUAUAAGGGACUUGAAGAUAUCUUGGAUAUCCAAACCUCCUGUGUCAGCCUCAACAAGUCUUUAUGAGGAGCUGAGAAAAGAAUUUCCUACCCAUGUCCCAGUUCUCAUAGCCAGGAUGAGUGCUUUAGAAGCAUCAGAAGAUAAAACAGCUGAAGUUUUGAAGUCAAUAAUUACAGUAGGAAAUGAAGCUCUUGCUCAAAUCGACUCUGACGCUGUUCUAGCUUAUUUUGGAAUGAAGCUGGACACACGGAUCGACUCUGUUACCAUAAAAAGCGAAAUGGAGAAAAAGAAAAACUGGUUGAUUGAUAUUUUGGUUAAAGUGGGUGUUGCCCAGGCAGACAGUCUAUUAGAUGAGAAGUUGGCGCUGAAGUCCUCCACUGAUGUAACUGUUGAGGAUGUCAAGAAAACACACAGCGAGCUCAGUAAAUGGGUGGAUGUCUCAGAAAACAAGCAAACAUUCCCCUUUGCUUGGCGUCAUGCAGUAGUUGUGUCUCAUUAUGGACGCUCACUCAAGAUUAUAAUGAAGCACCUAGAUGAUAGACACAAUAAAGAUUUAGAACUAAAAAUUAUCAAUAUCUACAAGCAGCUGGGAUGGAGUCACUGCCAUGAAUACCUUGAGAAGACGUCAUAUAUCCGCUAUCCACCAUCAUACCGGCCGUUCUGAGUUCCUAGAUAUUUCUUUGUUGAACUUUUUUUUGCCUAUUUAUGUGCACUUGAAUCUUUACCUUGGAUUUAAACACUAUUCAGCAUCUUCUGUUUAUCAAAGAAUUAAAUCACACAAAUUUCACUUAAAAAGUAAUUUUUUUUCUCGCUGUUAUUUUAACAUCUUCUGUAACAAGUUGUCUAGAAGGUUAAUUAACUGUCAAAUUAUUGUUUACACAGAUUAAUGACAGUGAACAAGAAGUUAAUUAAGAAGUUAAUUAGCUGUCAGAGUACUGGUUAUACCUUAUAGCUUGGGAAAAAUAAAUUAUUCUAGUUAUCUAUCAGUUUAAAUUAAUAAUAUGCCAAUGAACAAAUUAUUGUUUUAGUUUUAUCAGUUCACGAAUUGGUAAUAUCAGCUUACAAUGAACAAAUGAAUUCUUGUACAAUAGAAAUAUAUCACACAUGGAUUUAGUGCAGCAGUAAACAUACCCUCCCUUCCAAGCUGCUAGUCCAAAUGAUAGAAACUAGAUGAGCAUUUCACAUUUAUUAGUGUUGGUGGCCUUAUGGAUAUUUGCUAAAACAGCUCAGGUUGUAUUAGAAUUGAUGGCUGGUCUAGCUCUAGUUUUAAUUAAUCCAGUAUUAUUCAGGAUUUCAAAGAGUAAAAAUAGUUAUUAUACUUGGUUUUAAUUUGUGUCAUUAUUAAUAUUACACAUCACUUAAAAAUAUCACACUAUCUAUAAUUAAAUAUAAAAUGUCUUCUAAAGUAUGAGAUUGUUCCACAAAAUUUAUCCAUACCACCAAAAAUAAACAUGUUUUCAUGUUAUCUGUCAUCACUGACAACUUCCCCCUCAGAUACACUGUAGUGUGGGUUGUAUGCUGCUUGUCUUACUACACACUACACCACUUGUUAGUACAAGCUCUAAACAUUUCUGAUACACAACUCAGUAACUUACAGGAUUCACAAAUAACUUUUUAACUGCAUACACAUGUGCCAUAAAACCUUAACAGAAAUGUGAAAAAAUAAAAUUUAAAUUAUUUUUAGAUAAUUCUUAAGACUUCUCUUAUUUAAAAAAUACUUGCAAGUUAACUUAUUUUUUUUGUUGAGUCUGUUAAAUGACACUGUUGUUGUGUUUUAGUUGUUUUUAUAAAAUAACUAUUUGUUAAAUGUCAAUAAUUGUAUCUUAAGUAAGGUAAUGUUAACAGUUAUAUCUUAAUUAAGGUAAUGUAUUAAAAGUAAGUCUGCAAGGCGCUGGUAUAUGUAAUUAAUGUGAUAAGACAAUAUUAAAAAAGUGACGUGAUAUCAGUCAUUACCUCAUAUUUUUAAUGAGUGAUUGAGUACUUGCAUUAACAUGAAAAAGAACUUAAGUGAUAUCAGUCAUUACCUCAUAUCUUUAAUGAGUGAUUGAGUACUUGCAUUAACAUGAAAAAGAACUUAAGUGAUAUCAGUCAUUACCUCAUAUCUUUAAUGAGUGAUUGAGUACUUGCAUUAACAUGAAAAAGAACUUAAGUGAUAUCAGUCAUUACCUCAUAUCUUUAAUGAGUGAUUGAGUACUUGCAUUAACAUGAAAAAAAACUUAGGUUAUAUCAGUCAUUACCUCCAGUCCUAAGUAUAAAUUUUUAAUGACUGUUUGAACAUUUGAUAUAACAUAAAACAGAACUUAAAUAUGAAGCAUUCUAAUGAAAAUGCUUAUAAAUAUUUUUAUUUUUCCCAUUGAUACUUUCACAAUGUAUGGAAGGCCAUUCUCACCUUUAAUAAUUUUCACAGCUUAAAAAGGAUUACAGGUCCUUACACCAGUUUUAUUUGUUUUAUAAUUAUUUGUUUAAAGUCAUUAUUGCAAUUCGAUAACAGGCAUUACUUGAUAUUUUUAAAGACUUAGAUUGUUGCUUAGUGUUGCAUAAUUUUCACAAAUUCUAUCUGCUGCAAGUGAAAGUAAAAUCCUACUCAAAUAAUUUACAUGUGUUUAUUUAUAACUAUUUUUAGCAUCAUAUUAUAAAUUUAUGUGUGUUUUUAGUAAAUGGUCAGACUAAUGUUUUAAGAAAUAAUUGUUCAUGGGAGUAUAAAAAGUAGAUAUUGUAUAGAUGAGUUGAGAUGAGCUUAGGCAUUGUAUUGAUGAGUUUAGGCAUUGUAUAGAGCAGGGGUCUCCAAACUACGGCCCGCGGGCCGGAUGCGGCCCGCGAAGUCCUCUCAUCCGGCCCGCGGAGAUCUUUUUGUCCAAGGAAAAAUCGUUUGUUGGUGAUGGCUGAGGAACUUUGCCCAGAAAAAUCAAAGACAUGCCUAGAAGAAACUGGCCCUGAAUUGAAAUUUGAUAGUUAAUGCGGCCCUCGGAUUGAAAAGUUUGGAGACCCCUGGUAUAGAGUUUAAGAUUAGGUUAGGCUUUGUGUAGAUGAGUUAAAGAUGAGCUUAGACAAUGUGUAAAUGAGUUAAAGAUAGGAAGUAUGUAGAAUAUAUUUACAAGAACGAUAUACAGAUGAGUAUAAUCAAGUAAGCUUAGUCAUUGUAAUAGUUGUUUCAAUAAGUUGCAUGUGAACAUUCAGAAGAUACAGUUGGAACUUUUUGUUGUUUAAAUAAAGGUUAAUUUUGGU